UUUCAAUCUGAAGUUGCGUGGUGAAUUCAUCGAGGUGAUGAAAUGGUUACAAGUCCCUCGAUCCGUAUAAUCGGGCACAAGACACUUUCGAAACGAAAACAGCACAAAAGCAAUACGAACAAGUGUUUAUUGUUACAGGAUGAUGUGCUCCGAAACGGAGACGUGAGAGCGCGCGCCGAAGAAGCACACGCUGGACUGUGAAUGUCUGGAUUUUCUCUAUUGAACAUGUUAAUGUGUGGAGAUAUAACUUCUUAAAUUAAGCAGACAUGUGGCCGACUUGUUUUCUUCUCUGCUGCUGCUUGGUCUUCACGAUCGAUGUGCUUCAGAUGAGCGCCGCGCAGUCAGUCUGUCCCGGGACCGAUAACAAACUCAGCACGUUGUCUGAUUUGGACCAGCAGUACAAAACUCUUCGCAAGUUCUACGAGAACUGUGAAGUGAUCAUGGGUAAUCUGGAAAUCACCAGUAUCGAACGCAACCGCAACCUGUCGUUCCUCAAGUCAAUCCGGGAGGUGACGGGUUACGUGUUGGUGGCGCUGAACCAGUUUGAUUAUCUUCCCCUGGAGAACUUGCGGAUCAUCCGCGGAACCAAACUCUACGAGGGACGUUACGCGCUGGCCAUCUUCCUCAACUACAGGCGAGACGGACACUUCGGCCUCAGACAACUCGGCCUCAAGAACUUGACGGAAAUCUUGAAUGGAGGUGUGUAUGUGGAUCAGAACAAGUUCUUGUGCCACGCUGACACCAUCCACUGGCAUGACAUCAUUAAGAACCCACGGUCUGAACUUCUGGUGGUUCCUGCCAACAGCAGUGGAAACACAUGCAGAAGAUGCCAUCGGUCCUGUAACGGUCGCUGUUGGGGACCACAGGAGGACCAGUGCCAAAGCUUAACAAAGACGGUCUGUGCAGAACAGUGUGAUGGACGAUGUUUCGGGCCGUACGUCAGUAACUGUUGUCAUCGCGAGUGUGCAGGUGGCUGCUUCGGACCCAAAGACACGGACUGCUUUGCGUGUACGAACUUUAAUGACAGUGGAGCCUGUGUGACACAAUGUCCUCAACCAUUCGUCUACAAUCCAACAACCUUCCAGCUUGAGCACAAUCCUAAAGCCAAAUACACAUACGGAGCCUUCUGCGUCAAAAAAUGCCCACAUAACUUUGUGGUGGAUCACAGCUCGUGCGUUCGAGCCUGUCCGAGCAACAAGAUGGAAGUCGAGGAGAAUCACAUCAAGAUGUGCAUCCCAUGCACCGACAUCUGCCCAAAAAUGUGUGAUGGGAUAGGCACUGGGAGUCUUCAAACAGCUCAAACUGUAGAUUCCAGCAACAUUGAAAAGUUUGUCAAUUGCACCAAGAUCAACGGUAACCUCAUCUUCCUCAUCACAGGCAUCAAAGGAGACAUGUAUCAUGGCAUUGGCGCACUGGAUCCUGAACGACUAAAUGUGUUUCGCACAGUCAGAGAGAUAACGGGUUACUUGAAUAUCCAGUCUUGGCCAGAGAACAUGACCGACCUUGGUGUCUUUUCUAACCUAGUCACUAUCGGAGGAAGAACUCUUUACAGUGGUAUUUCUCUACUGAUCCUGAAACAGCGCUGGAUCUCUUCGUUGCAGUUUCAGUCUUUGAAAGAAAUCAGCGCUGGUAACGUUUACAUCACCAACAACAGUCAGUUGUGUUUCUACAACACGGUGAACUGGACCAGGCUUUUCCGCACCAACACCCAGAAAGUCUUGAUCAAAAGCAACAGAGACCCCAGAGAGUGCACCAAACAGAAGAUGAUGUGUGAUCCGCUGUGUUCAGAAGCAGGAUGCUGGGGUCCAGGUGCAGACCAAUGCCUAUCAUGCAAAUACUUCAGCCGAGGAAAGACGUGCGUAAAGUCCUGUAAUCUUUAUGAUGGAGAUAUUCGUGAGUUCGCCAACGGUUCUGUGUGUUUGGAAUGUGACAGCCAGUGUGAAAAGUCUAAGGAUAAAACUCUAACCUGUCGUGGCCCAGGUCCAGACCACUGUAUGAAUUGUUUGCAUUUGAAAGAUGGGCCCAACUGCGUAGAGAAAUGCCCCGAUGGUCUACAGGGAGCAAACAGCUUCAUCUUCAAAUAUGCUGAGAGCAACAAUGAGUGUCACCCCUGCCACCCCAACUGUACUCAGGGGUGUACCGGACCCUAUAUCCAAGACUGCAUCGGGAUAGUGGACAGGACUCCUCUGAUUGCGGCCGGCGUGAUUGGAGGGAUGUUCGUGGCCAUAAUCGUGGCCCUCGGAUUCGCCAUUUUUAUCCGCCGCAAAAGCAUCAAGAAGAAACGAGCUUUACGCAGAUUUCUAGAGACGGAGUUGGUGGAGCCACUGACGCCCAGCGGUGCCGCACCCAACCAGGCUCAGCUGCGUAUACUGAAGGAAACCGAGCUGAAGAGAAUCAAGAUUCUGGGAACAGGAGCCUUUGGCACGGUUUACAAGGGAAUCUGGGUUCCAGAAGGAGAAACUGUGAAGAUACCAGUGGCCAUAAAGAUACUCAAUGAAAGCACAGGACCAAAAGCCAAUGUGGAGUUUAUGGAUGAGGCGCUGAUCAUGGCCAGCAUGGAGCAUCCUCAUCUGGUGCGUCUGUUAGGGGUCUGCUUGAGUCCCACUAUUCAGUUGGUCACACAGCUCAUGCCUCACGGCUGUCUGCUGGAUUAUGUAUACGAACACCAGGAGAACAUCGGAUCUCAGCUGCUGCUCAACUGGUGCGUGCAGAUCGCCAAGGGUAUGAUGUAUCUGGAGGAGAGACGUCUGGUGCACAGAGACCUGGCUGCGCGUAACGUCCUGGUGAAAUCUCCAAACCACAUUAAGAUCACAGACUUCGGUCUCGCCCGACUACUGGAUACGGAUGAAAAGGAGUACAAUGCUGACGGAGGCAAGAUGCCCAUCAAGUGGAUGGCAUUAGAGUGCAUUCACUACAGAAGGUUCACACACCAGAGUGACGUCUGGAGCUACGGAGUGACUAUCUGGGAGCUGAUGACAUUUGGAGGGAAGCCCUACGAUGGUAUUUCCACCCGUGAGAUUCCAGAUAUUUUAGAGAAGGGCGAGCGUUUGCCCCAGCCACCCAUCUGCACCAUAGACGUCUAUAUGGUGAUGGUGAAAUGCUGGAUGAUUGAUGCCGACAGUCGGCCUCGAUUCAAAGAACUCGCCGCAGAGUUUAGCCGAAUGGCACGAGACCCUCAGAGAUACCUGGUCAUACAGGGGGACGAUCGCAUGAAGCUUCCCAGCCCCAACCACAGUAAGUUCUUUCAGAGUCUCCUAGAUGAGGAGGAACUGGAUGACCUGAUGGAUGCCGAGGAGUACUUGGUUCCACAGACCUUAAAUGCUCAUCCCACUUCCCAUAUGUCCCUCCCACACGUCGACUCGAAUCAAAACCAGUUUGGCUAUCAUGAUGGAACGUUGCGCACCGAGGUGACACCAGGGGCUCGAUCUCGUGAGGUAUCGGCUGCAGGCAGUGGACCCUCGGUCAAUCCAGGUGUACAGAGAGCAGGUCUGGAUUCAGUGGAGGGGCAGCAGUGCAAUGGAAGUUUGAAGAAACAGAGCACCGCUCACUCAAUGGAGGACAGCAGUGCUCAACGUUACAGCGCAGAUCCCACCGUACUCCUGGGAGAAAGAGAACAGAGGGCAGAUACAGAUGAGAACGGCUAUAUGUCCCCGAUGAAAGACAAGAGCUCCACAAAUCAUCUGAAUCCUGUCGAGGAGAAUCCUUUUGUUACUCGGCGUAUAAAUAAAGACCUUCACGCGCUAGACAACCCAGGUUACCACAGCACCCCCGAUGGUAAACCCAAUUGCGAAGAUGAGUAUAUGAACGAGCCCCUUUACCUCAACACGUUCAACAACAUCAGUGACACGAACCAAGAGAUGUUAAGAAAGAAUGGAGUCUCCAUUCCACUGCAAGUGUCGACAGCAACCCACAAUCCAAGCAACCAUGUCACACAAGUAGGUAGACCCUAUCAUCACAACCACGGACCGCAUGUUCGCUUCGCCGUCCCUCCGGUUAAACUCGUGCACUCUGUACCAAUGAACCAGAAUGAUCAGUCGGUUCAGUCAAUCCAUGAUCACCCCAGCAAAUCUGGUCAGCCAUCACCAGCAGGCCAGAUCUGCCUUGUCCAGCCAGGGAACCCCAGCAAAUCCAAUCGUUCACCUCAACAGUUUCACUUGGCAAAUUCUGCCAUCACAGGUAAAGUUGGACUGCCGGGUCACCCCAUCCAACCGGGCAACAUGAUUCAUUCGGACAAAGUGUACAGAAAUAACUUUGACAAUCCUGAAUAUUGGCAGCACAGCCUUCCACCCAAGAUUAACCCCCAAGACUCAGUCAUCUGCAAUAACAAGUUUCUGUACAAGCAGAAUGGCCGCAUACAGUCAUCCAUAGCGGAAAACCAGGAGUCUGAGUCAGGUACGAAGCAAGGAACGGUCCUGCCUCCUCCUCCGUAUCGGCAGAGGAACACUGUGGUCUAACGUCCGGGUCUCUGUACUCUGUAGAGCCUGGUUCUUCUACCAGCACCUUACCUUUAAUGUCUUUCCUCAAUCCUAGGGUUAAAGAAAGGAGACAUGGCAAAAUAUAAGCCACAUAAUUUACAUGUGUUUAGGUGUCAAAUAGGGUGAGAAGGUCACCCCAACUAAGUCCAUCCCAAAUAAUCUUGUCUAUUUUUUCUAGUGUUUUUGUGUCCAGUGACAUCUUUAUUAAAGUUGUGAAAUAUUUGCAUUCAAGGUACAUUCGUAUCUGUGUUCCCUGAAAAUCGAAUCCAUGAGCUUUGCGUUGGAAACGCAAAGAUCUACCUAUUGAGGUAGAUGAACAUUGAAUAAUGCCGAUUAUAUGCACUUAAAUUUUAUACACGCACACAGUUUCCGGCACAUACUUCAGCCAUUUGAAACCGAUAAACCUGCUGCCCUUCUGGGAGAACUGGUGUUAGAUAAAAACGCAUUGUGAAAUUGUGGACACUUUAAUUCCUCGACAGUUGAACAGAACGUCGAUAAAGUCGUGGAGGGGUAUUAGUACAUAAUGAAUACAAAGACCUGAUACAAUAUUGUCAGUGAAAGUCAGGGGUUAUUUUCCCCUGAUGAGCAAGUGACCUCAGGGGGAUUCACCUGUAGAGAGAUACAGAAUUCAUUAUCAGAAUGAACAGGACUGAAUGCUUUACAGGGUGUUUGCAUUCAUUUUCCUUAAUUGCAUAAGCUCUGACAAAGCAUGUUUGGUAACUUAAAUUAUCCUUUGUCUGAAUUGAAUUUUUCUUUUAUGUUCAUUAAAAGGACUCCGUUUGGUCACCUGUAUUUGUGGAUAUGCUAUCUCAUGGCAAACAGGUUGCUUUGGUGGACUGUGUUUUGCUUUGAUAUUCGUUUAUUUACGAAGUCGACAAAUCAAGUGAAUGCAUUUGCUUUACUUCUGGUUAACACAUUUACUAGUCAUUUAGGUUUUAUUUGUGCAAUGCAGUGUUUUUGGUAUUACGCCUCUAUUAAAUUCAGAUACAGUAUGUGACCCUGUACCACAAAACCAGUCAUAAGUCGCAUGGGUAUAUUUGUAGCAAUAGCCAACAAUACAUUUUAUGGGUCAACAUUAUAGAUUUUUUAUUCAUAUUUUAAGUUUUUUGCACCCUCAAAUAAUGCAAACCAAACUAACAAACCAAACAUCAAUGGAAAGCUUAUUAUUCAGCUUUGAGUUGAUGUAUAAAUCUCAAUUUCAAAAAAUUGAGCCUUAUGACUAGUUUUGUCGUCCAAAGUCACAUUUGGGAAAUGAAACCUGGGCACAAUAUUUACACAUAUUAUCAUUACUAUUUAUUGAAAAUGGCUGCUAAAAGUUUUUUUUUUCUCGGGCAUUUCAUUGAUAUUCCAUAAUACACUAAACUAUUUUUUUCAUUGACACAGUCAGUUUACAUGUAUCAGAUGUGUUAAGCUUACUGUAUUGUACUGUGUUUUGAAUUACAAUACCAGAUAUCCAAAGCUGCGUACGUUAAGACAGAACUGUUAAAAGACUUAGUGCUUAAAUUAUACAAAAAGCCUUUAGUUUGUUGUGAAUCACCCAAAUAAUGUCUGUACCUGGUAUAACACUGUGCUGUUUUAUUUCGUAGUGAACACAAUUGUUUGUGCUUGUAAUUGUAGUCCAUGCAUUGUGUUGCAUUUGUGUGUCUUUGUUGCUUUAUAUGAUUUAUAAUCAGAUUGGUUAUUAGGUCAUAAUAAUCAAGUUUCAUUAAAGUUUUGAGUUCAUUAAAACACGUUUACAGGUAGAAAUAGUACAACGAGAGAUAUUAUUGCAACUUUUUGCUUUAACUCUUUCCCCGCCAGUGUUACCAGCCAGCGCCAGCAUUUAUGAUUUUAUUUAUUUAUGAUUUUCACAUAAAGUUUAAAGGAGACAUAUCGUGAAAAAGUGAGACUUUUCCUUGUUUAAGUGCUAUAAUUGAGUCCCCCGUGCUUCUAUCAACCUAGAAAAUGUGAAAAAGAUCAACCCAGUAACUUAGUUUUUGUAAACCAUUCUCUGCAAGCAUGUGAAAAAUUAGGUCACUGAAAUUUGGCUCCCUCUGUGAUGUCAGAAGGGGAUAAUACCACCCCUUAAUCUACACUAUCCAACCACCGCACUGCCACAGUGCAGAGAUCAGCUCAUUUGCAUUUUUGCUCACAAAGUUGCAAUUUUAACAUACUAUAAUAAAUUAUCUAUAUGAUAUUUUGAUUUAGAACUUCACAUACGUACUCUGGGGACCCCAAAGAUUUAUUUCACAUCUUGAAAAAGCCUCGUGAAAUGUCCCCUUUAAUGCCUUUAAGAAAAUUGUCUUCUUUAAAUAUAUAAAAAUAGAAUAUAUCAAAUAAAAAAGAACAGACCCUCUGCUUGCAAAAAAGUAUCUUCACUUCUUUAUAUCACCUCUCAAAUAUGGGGUAGGUUUCUUCAAAAAUAAAAAAUAGCAAAAAGCUGAGAUAAUUGCACUUUUGUUUUUGAAUUAGUGAAUGCUUCAUUGUUUUCUAAGCUGUGUAAGAGUGCCACCUAGUGGAUAACAGCGGAAAAUUGAUUGCCGUAAAAACUCAUCAAUGGCAGGGAAAGAGUUAAAGGUGCAUUGUGUAACUUUUAGAAGGGUGUCUUGACAGAAUGCAAUAUAAUAUACAUAACUAUAUUAUCAGUGGUGUAUAAAGCCCUUAUGAACUGUAUUGUUUGUAUUACCUUAGAAUGAGCCGUUUUUCUUUACAUACACCGUGGGUCCCCUAAAUGAAAGUCGCCGUCACGACAAUGACGUGUUUGUACUGUGGUGGUUAUCAUAGCUUUACUAUGCCUUUCGAAAGGGAGGGGUGAGCUGUCGACUGAGCCGUUGGUUGCAAUUCACAAUCUCACAGUUAGGUGCCGCUAAAAAUCUCCACAGUAGACCUUUAACUGUCAAAUUAUCAUAAAAACUGAUCUCCCGUCACAAUUAUUGCUGCACUUUUGUCAAAUUUGAUUUAUAGACAAUUAUGAGAUAAGGUUUUACAUGUAUGCGCGUAUGCAAAUGAUUUUAUCCAAUGGGACUUGCAGUGUAUUUAAGGCAUAAGUUUGUGCUGUACGGGAAUCGAAUUUGAGAUUAGCCCCAUGCCAUUCUAAAUGAGCAAUAAUAAAAUGAAAGAUGUAAGCGAUCCUAAUACUUUUAAAAAUAAAGGUGCUUCAUGAUGUCGUAGAAAAAACAUUUUAGGCUGAAUGGUUUCUUAAAAAUCCAACCUUUCCGUUUCAAAAAAGAUUAUGAAAAGGUAUAAAAGAAAUGGUUCUUAAAUGGAAUCGUUGUAGAAGAACCUUUUAAGCGACCAUUAUUUUUAAUAGUGUAUUUGACAUAAAAAUUUUUAUCAAAGUUAACUCUGAUAAAAUGUAAAUUGAUGCAUAUUGAAUCACUUCAGGGAACUUCUAACAAAUCUCAGCAAACAAACAUACAGUUCCCAUGAAUGCAUGGUCAGUAUCUACCAAACCAUUUGACAAACCAAGUAAUGAGAAGUGCAGGGGAUACACACGACACAACAUUAGAUCAUUUGAACAUUUAUAGCAAAAUGUGCCAUGUUUCUGAGCCAUUUAGUAUGAUUGCUCUGUAUGUUCUUAUGAAAUGUGAAUAGUAUUUUUGUAGAGCGAUGAAAGAUAGGAACUGUAAAUAUAAAGAGACUGUUGCAUCCAGAUUUUGUUUUCUUGAAACCUUAACAUGCCUUGUCUGUGGACAUAGUGUCAGUAUGUUUGUGUUUGCUUUAAACUUAAGUGAUGUUUUGUUUUCCUCGGGCCUGCGUGUCAAACUCCUGCUGCUUCUAUGGUUAGUUGUGGCCCUUUCUUCUUUCUCCAUAAGUGCCCAUUUUCUCUAUUCUUUACCUUAAUAUACUUUAUUAGUUGUAAAUAUGACUGUUUAAGAUUUACUGAAAGGCACAAGAUAAACUUUUGAAUAUUUACUUGUCAACCUAAUAUAAAACAAAGUACUGAUGUAUUUUCAGUGUAUUUUCUAUAUUUAUUAUAGACAUUUUGUUUUGAUGUCAACCUUUGAUUUGAUUGCAUUUUAUUAGUUGUGAUGUUAUGUACGUGAUGAAUUCUGUGAGAACUGCUCUUGUUCAGGCAUGUUUUGGACACCUAAUCUACGAUAAUGAACAACAAAUUAAUGUGAUUGAAUUAGAUAACUUAUUAUUAAGCUCAACAAUUCUUAGCUAUGUUUACAAUUAGCUAAUUUUAAGCAAAACGGAGAUUGUUAAUGUUUGACAGACACAAAUAAAAUAUUUUAACUUAUUAAUACUUUUUUUAAUUAACUACGCAGAUUUCAACUUUUAUCAUUUUUAAAAUUAUUAUUACAAUUGAAUUAUUAUUUAAAUAUAGUAAAAAAGAGUUUAUUUAAAGAAUAUAUUUAAAUGAUCUAAACAAAUAAUUUAUCAAACCUUAAAAAAACUAUUUUUAUUAAAGCUCCAAUCCAUAACUUUUUUUUGUUAAUAAUAAACAAAAAACAAUUACUGAGCAAUACAAAAAAUGUAUUGGGAAAGUUUGAUGUCAUUUGGCUUCAAUUUGUAUUUUUUUAAAAUGUUUGCUUGAAAAUUGUGCUCUCUGUAAAAUAGAUUUGUUUUGAUGUUUAUCAAGCCACUGUUAUUUUUCUUCAAUUGACUUUAUUUGGCAUAUGGGUGUCUAUUGGAAUGAUGAUUCAUUUUUACAUGUGGCUUAUGUGUCCAAAUGGAUUAUUAUAGAUUAUUUUAGUUUCUAUUCUGUCAUAGAAACAUACAAAAACACAGAGACAAAACUUAGUCGAGAGUUCAGAUCAUUCCUCAUAUCGUUUCCUUGUAAAUUGAUAUUCACAAACUAAUGCCAACAGAAAUAAUGUCCCAUAUUUGUUACAUUGUCCUGUUAAAAGUAUAUUUUGAAUUUAAUAUAAAUAAAGAUCAAAUGAA